AUGAGCCAGAACUUCGACCACACGUCCCAAAUCUACCGACGGAUUAUUGAUGAGACUAUUACUGGCGCAUGUCGCCUACAGAGCGAGGCUGUGUUACGAGAAUUACGUCAAAAAUGGUUGGCCAAGUUAGCUGAGCGGAUCCAGGAGAUGCCUGCGAAGCGCGUGGAGGCGGACUUGCAGCGGAUCAGCGAGGCGAACCGCACGGCGAGUCGCCAAGUGAAGCAAGUGAAGAAGGAAGUGCCGGACAUGUUGGACACAGGUCUUGCGGCGCCUAUACCGCAGCUGCAACCCGUUGUCGGCGCCGGCGUCUGGGACACAGCCUUGACGUACGCGAGUUUCAAUGAGUCGACGGCAGCGGGAGGCGCCGCCACUACCACGACUGCUGCAAAGAUGCCGGCUCCGGAGCUCCACCAAGCACCAAGGAAGCUGCCUCCGGAGCAGGGGGCGGACACGACCACGACUGCAGUGGGCGGUGCCGGAUCCGCGGUCAGUGGAGCCAAUGGCAGCGGAGCCAUUGGCGGUGGAGCCAGUGGCAUUGGAACCAGUGGCGUUGGUGAAGGGGUUAGUGAAGGGGGUGGUGAGGAGGAAGACGACGGGUGGGGCGAGUGGGAGGACCCGGCGGCUUUGGAGGCGAAGCCGAAAGCGCCAGCGGCGCCAGUGGCGGUGGAGGUAGUGGAGGUGGUCGAGGAGGUGGACCCGAGCAUUCCACAAGACGCAGACUUCGCCGCCAAGUUGCGAACGCAGUACGGUGGCGGUGCCUACGGGGACGGCGAAGAUCCAGACGAGGUGAAUUCAGACCUGGACGAAGUGAAGACGCUUUCCGAUGAAGAGCCCGUCGCACACGAUGUCAUCAUCGGGCAGUGCGAGGAACUGGUUCGCCCUGGUGCGAGGAAGGCGCAAAUGCAAGGCACAUGGGAGAUUCGAGUUAAAAAUGGGAUCGCCAGCGUCAACGGCCAGGAAUUCAUGUUUGACACACUCGAGGCCACCCUUGAGUUCUGA